UCUUCAAAGCCUGCCAAAGAGCCCAAAAAAUAGGUAAUAAGGUUGCUUAAAUGAUUUCGGGUUUGGAGCCAGUUCCUGUAACAUCCCAAAAAUACGACCCAGCAUGGAGGCAUUGUCAAAUGUUUAUGAUUGGGGAAAGAAAGCAUCUCAAAUGUAUAUAUUGUUUCAAAAUGUUUAAGGGUGGUGGGAUUCAUAGGAUUAAGGAACAUCUCGCAGGUCAUAAGGGUAAUGCCUCCGCUUGUCUUAGUGUUCCAGAGGAUGUUCGGGUCUUCAUGCAACAGAGUAUAGCUGGGGUUGUGGUGAGGAAGAGGAGGAAGCAAAAAAUUGAGGAAACCAUUGCGAGUGUGGACCCGAUUUCUAUUGAGAUGGGUGCUCUUGAUGAUCAAUGUGAUGCAAGUACGGGUCUCCAGUUGGUUGGAGUUUCGGAUACACUUGAACCGAAUCCGAAUUUGUUAGUGAAUGGGGAAGGGACUAGUAAUAGGAGUGGGGAGAGGAGGAAGAGGAGGAGAGGUAAGAAAGCUUUGGAAAAUGCUGCAAAUGAGGAUGCUGGAGCUGAUACUAGUAGUAUUGCAUUGUGUUCAAAAAGGGUGAACAAUCGUGUUCAGAUGGCAAUAGGACGAUUUUUGUAUGAUAUAGGGGCACCUCUAGAUGCUGUGAACUCAGUCUUUUUUCAACCAAUGAUUGAUGCGAUUGCUUCUGGAGGCUCUGGGGUUCUGCCACCCUCAUAUCAUGAUCUCCGGGGCUGGAUUUUGAAGAAGUCAGUUGAGGAACUGAAGAAUGAAACUGCCAAGUAUGAUGCAGCGUUGGCGAGCACGGGCUGUUCUGUUUUAGUUGAACAAUGGUGCACAGAAACGGGUAGAACUUUGCUAUGUUUUUUGACGCAUUGUCCUCAAGGAACCUUUUUUUUGAAAUCUGUGGAUGCAUCUGACAUUUUAAAUUCAUCAGAUGCUUUGCAUGAAUUGUUUAAGCAAGUGGUGGAAGAAGUUGGUGUGAGAAAUGUGCUGCAAGUAAUUACUAAUGGGGAAGAGCAAUAUAGUAUUGCAGGCAGGAGGUUGACUGAUACUUUCCCUACUCUGUACUGGACGUCUUGUGCAGCUCGUUGCAUAGAUUUUAUACUUGAGGAUAUCGGAAAUCUUGAGUGGAUAAAUGCGGUGAUUGAACAGGCUAGAUCUAUCACGAAAUUUAUCUACAAUCAUAGUGUGAUUUUGAAUAUGGUGAGAAGGUAUACUUUUGGCAAUGAUAUUGUAGAACGGGGGUUCACUAGGUCUGCUACAAACUUUACAACAUUGAAACGAAUGGUCGAUCUGAAACACAAUUUGCAGGCCAUGGUUACUUCACAGGAGUGGCUGGACUGCCCAUAUUCAAAGAAAACUGAGGGACUGGGUAUGUUAGAUCUUGUAACUAGUCAGUCAUUUUGGUCCUCCUGCAUUCUGGUAGUCCACUUAACAAAUCCUCUCUUGAGAGUUUUGAGAAGAGCUGGUAGCGAGAAGAGGCCUGCCAUGGGGUACGUUUAUGCAGGAAUGUAUUAUGCAAAAGAAACAAUCAAGAAAGAACUUCUUAAUAGGGAGGAUUAUAUGGUCUACUGGAAGAUUAUAGAUCACAGGUGGGAACAACAGCAGCAACUUCCUCUUCAUGCUGCUGGCUUCUACCUCAACCCAAAGUUCUUCUAUAGUGUUAAAGGGGCCAUUCCCAAAGAGAUCAUGUCAGGGAUGUUUGAUUGCAUAGAGAGAUUGGUUCCUGAUGUGGAAGUUCAAGAUAAAAUCAUCAAGGAGAUGAACUCAUACAAGAAUGCUAUUGGAGAUUUUGGGAGGAAGAUGGCAAUUAGAGCUAGAGACACUCUGCUUCCUGCUGAGUGGUGGUCAACAUAUGGAGGAGGUUGCCCAAAUUUGGCUCGUCUGGCCAUCCGUGUUCUCAGUCAAACUUGCAGUUUGCUUGGAGGUAGACGGAAUCAUAUUCCUUUUGAGCAAAGACAUGACACAAGUAACUACCUAGAGCGUCAACGCCUUAGCGACCUUGUCUUUGUUCAGUACAACUUGCGACUGAGACAACUGGUUGGUAAGAAUAAAGAACAGGAUUCUAUUGAUCCUAUAUCAUUUGAUGGCAUUAAUGUUGUUGAAGACUGGAUCAUGGGGAAGGAUGUCUGUGUGGAUGAUUAUGGGAGCAUAGAUUGGAUGUCAGUUGUUCCACCUUCCGCUAAUACAAUGCUUUUAGGAUCUUCAAACGAUGAAGCUGAAGACUUGGAUACAGGGUUUGAUGACCAUGAGAUUUUUAAUAGGGAGAAAGAUAGUGAGGAAAAUGUUGAAGAAAAUAUGGUGUGCCAUUAGAACAGGAUCCAACAGACUCCAUUUUUAUAUGUGGAGUCCAUGCUGAUGAAUUGUUACCUGCUGCAGGAUGAUCUAGCAUCGAAGAUUAUUAGGUAAAUGCGCAUGCCUGUUUUGCCUCAAAGCACAGGUAGAUAGUUAUCAUGUUAGAGAUAGGCUAGUAACUGAUAAUUAGAAUCAUAUGGUUGUAUAGUUCAAGAUGCUCUUGUACAUCUCAUCUCUUCCAAAGUUAAUUAACUUGUAAAUCAUUCAAGCCAUCCUUCUAUCCCUGCCUAGUUGGUUCAAGUAUGAAGUCGAUCAUCUCUAUCGAGAGCCAUAACUAUGAAAGGUCAUCACAUCUCUCUCACAACUCAUGUUCUUUUUGGCUUGUCCCUUGUCAUUGCAGUGCCUUGAACUGGAUUUAAAUUAUCAAUGAAAAAAGUCAAUUGCCUUGUA